GUGAGGAAAUGGACCUGCACGGGGGUUGGACCUAUGCGGGAAAGCAGUGGUACUCCGAGCCUCUCUGAGAGUGCAAGGACUAUGCUGAAAGGAAUACGAAGGCUUAUCUCCAGGGUCCAUAAGGUCUCUGUUGUGCUUAAGAAUUUACCAUGUGAAAGGAAGAUUAACAUUUUUCCAAAAAACGUGGACCCUGGAUGUUUUUUGCAUACGGGGACCCAGGCACCCCAAAGCAUUGCUGCUCACCUAGAUAACCAGGUUCCAUUGGAGAGUCACAGAGCUAUUUCCCGCACCAAUGAGAGUGACCCAGCUAAGCAUGGGGAACAGCACGAGGGUCAGCACUACAACAUCCCCCUCCAGGAUUUGAAGACUGUGUUUCCCAACGGCCUGCCUUCUCGCUUUGUAAUGCAGGUGAAGACGUUUGGUGAAGCUUGCCUCAUGGUAAGGAAACCAGCCCUUGAGCUUCUACAUUACCUAAAAAACACCAAUUUUGCUUAUCCAGCUGUACGAUAUCUUGUCUAUGGAGAGAAGGGAACAGGAAAAACCCUUAGUCUUUGCCAUGUUAUUCAUUUCUGUGCAAAACAGGACUGGCUGAUACUACAUAUUCCUGAUGGUAAGAAUUUCCUAUCUUUUGUUCUCUGUGUCAGUUUUAGUUACCUUGUUACUGUGGUAGUCCUAACGCUCGUCCUCAGCCAGAUAAAAGUUCAAGAGAAGUAUGUAUGGAAUAAGAGAGAAAGCACUGAGAAAGGCAGUCCUCUGGGAGAAGUAGUUGAGCAGGGUAUAACACGGGUGAAAAAUGCCACAGAUGCAGUUGGGAUUGUGCUGAAAGAGCUAAAGAGACAAAGUUCUUUGGGAAUUUUUCGUCUGCUGGUAGCUGUGGAUGGAGUCAAUGCUCUGUGGGGAAGGACGACUCUGAAAAGAGAAGAUAAAAGCCUGAUUGCCCCAGAGGAAUUAGCACUUAUUCAUAACCUGAGGAAAAUGGUGAAAAAUGACUGGCAUGGAGGUGCCAUUGUGUUGACUUUGAGCCAGACUGGGUCUGUCUUUAAGCCCCGGAGAGCCUAUCUGCCCCAGGAGUUGCUGGGAAAGGAAGGGUUUGAUGCCCUGGAUCCCUUUAUCCCCAUGCUAGUUUCCAACUAUACCCCAAAGGAAUUUGAAAGCUGUCUUCAGUAUUACUUGGAGAACAAUUGGCUUCAACAUGAAAAAGCUCAUACAGAAGACGGGAAAAAGGAGCUACUGUUCCUAAGUAAUGCAAACCCUUGGCAGCUGGAGCGGCUCUGUGCCUACCUCUAAGCCACAGUCACAAUAUGCAUGGAAGAACAUGGACAUUUCCUUUAAGCUGGACCCAGCCAGAUGGAAUCACUACACAGGAAGAGCAGGCAGGCCCUCUGCUUAGGGGAUUGGACAAGACUGCAGUUGGCUCUGGACCUUCAUCGAAAUGAGUUCCUUGAGAAAUGACUGUGAACAUGUGGCAAUCAGAUGUCCUCUUCUUCCUGAAACUAAUACUGGUUUAUUGGAUGUGAUUUUCACAUUUAAGAUAAUCAUAGAUCUUUUCCUUAAAAAAAUUAAAUAUAUUUCUUAAA